CUGAACAGAAUUACAAUCCUGGAGUUAAACCAAAUGUGCCUAAACGGGAUAGAGCCGUAGAAUCAGUUUUACUUUGACGAAUGACGUUUUGACCAUCGAGGAGUAAUCCGUUCAUUGAGCUCUCUGUUCGUCUGGUGCGAACACCGGAUCCACAUUUAGGCGGAGGAGAGAAUAGGGUAGUGAAAACUCCGAUCACCGUGUUCAUUUCUCUUCUAUAGCAGCACAGAGCUUGGUAGCGAACAGUAUUCAGUUAUUGAGCGAGAAAAGGUCGAAAAUGGUGGAGAAUUCCGGUUACAAGGACUAUCUGGCCGGCUUACUUGCCGGAGUUGCCACCGUUAUCACUGGUCACCCUUUUGACACUGUAAAGGUGAAGCUUCAAAAGCACAAUACAGAAACCCAUGGCAUCAAAUACAGGAAUGCUUUGCAUUGCACUGCUAGAAUAUUGAGAAUGGAAGGAGUUAAAGGACUUUAUACAGGGGCAACAUCAUCUUUUAUUGGGGUGGCUUUUGAGAGUUCUCUUCUAUUUGGCAUCUAUUCCCAAAUAAAGCAUUUACUGCAGAGAGAAGAUCAGAAUAGUAGACCACAAUUUCAAGUAAUAAUUCCAUCUGCAGCGUUUGGUGGAGCUUUAAUCAGUUUUAUAUUAUGUCCAUCAGAGUUAGUGAAGUGUAGGAUGCAAGUUCAAGGCACUGACUCGGUGGUUCCCAAAUCUAGUGGAUACAGUGGUCCUCUUGAUUGUGCUCUUAAGACAAUAAAAAGUGAAGGGGUUACAGGCAUCUUUCGUGGUGGAUCUACAACUUUGUUAAGAGAAAGUUUAGGAAAUGCAGUUUUCUUCAGUGUCUAUGAGUAUGUAAAGUAUCACAUGCACUAUCAGCUGGAAGCUUCAUCUUCUAACAAUAGCAACUUGGUUGACAUGGGAAUUGGGAUUGUGACUGGUGGUCUUGGUGGUCUAGCUUUCUGGUCAGCUGUUUUGCCCUUGGAUGUGGCAAAAACCAUUAUCCAGACUACUCCAGAUAGAAGUUCCUCCAGAAAUCCUUUCCUUAUUUUGAACUCCAUUUAUUGGAGGGCUGGACUUAAAGGAUGCUAUGCAGGUUUGGGUCCUACGAUAAUGAGAGCUUUUCCUGCUAAUGCAGCGGCAAUCGUCACAUGGGAGCUGGCCAUGAAAAUGUUGGGAAUCAAGCACGAUUAGAGACGGUAUUCUAUCCUGUUUCUCUAAAGCAAUUGUUUUCUACCACUUUUUAACACUGAUUUCAGUCUGGGAAAGUCUGAUGCUUCAAUUGUUGAUAUUGAUUGGCCCUGAGGCUUUACUGAUUUGCUGUGUACUGAGAGGUUGACCAUUCUCACAAUCCAGUUAGAGGAGCUGAAUAAGCAGUUCUCUGUUUCACAUUCUUUCAUUCUAAACAUGUGUUUCUCCACUUUCUGGUUUCAAGAUUAGGAAAUUUCUUUCAUAAUAUUGUUGAAGAUGUUAGUCAAGUUUUUUGCUCUGAUCAUCUUCAUCCAUUUGAUCUUUUCUGAAAAUCCGUACAUUUCAUUGUUAAGUGACAGAUACUAGUUAUAACACAAUCUACUAACGAGAA